AUGCAUCGAAGUUGCUCAUGUGCAAAAAAGUUCGCCGACACCCUACCACGCUCAGCCUUGGUGGUCUACGAAUACCUCAUUACUUUUGACCAGGAAGUAGCAAUUGUAUGGAGGAAAAAAAUUACCCUGACAUCGGCAUUUUUGGUCAUCAUACGAUGGGCCAUGGUCGUAAACGCCAUAAUCGCCAACAUAGUUCCUUCAACAGACUUAGUGCCGUCAAGCUCAACCACCUCAAUCGUCCACGUCAAAUCAGUGUUCUCGGCGUUGCGGGUUUCAGCGAUACGGGGGCGCAACUGGUUUCUGUUCGCCCUGGUCUUAGCUCUGGGAUCAAUACCCGUAUGGACAAACAUCAUGUACGUGCUUAUCUCUCCUAUACAUCAACUACUCCUCAGUGGUACUUCAGUACAUUUGUCAACGCGCAUCUCGCUGAUAGCGAUGGAUUUCCUGGUGCUCAUCCUGACCUGGGCCAAGACUUUCUCACAGUGGCGAGAAUCGCGCAGGUUAAGGAUCCCGAAAUCAAUAGCAGGGUCGCUGUUACGCGACGGUAUGUCUCGAUAA